AUGGCAGACGACGUUGAGGUCAUAAAUAUAGUACUCGUAAAUCUUCAGAAUGCUGUUCACGCAAUAUAUUCAAUUUAUAUACCUGUAAUCCAUGCGGCCAUAGAAGAGGCAACAGAUCAGAGAGAAAUAAUUGACGAAGAUGAAUUGAAUGCUUUAUUUGCCUGUAUCAGGCAGCUCUAUGCGCUGCUCAGUUUAAUAGCAACGUGCGCUCAGUCCAUUUUACCAAGAGCUCGGACUGAACAAAUUCUAAACCCUGACUUCGUUGGUUCACAUUUCCCGGGAAGAGAUUUCUGCAGCGAAUUAGAAAGGUGUAAGCAUUUGUUUUGGUCGAUGAUAGGCGAGAGCGUGGAAUCGUUUCGUCAACUGGUGCACGACAUGCUGCCGUAUGUCACACUUUUUACCAGGGGCAGGCAGUUGAGGGUUCGUGAUAACCCCUUUGUGCUUGAUGUAAGAAAUCGAAUUUUGAUGGUUGUGAUUUGGCUGCGGAUGUAUCCAGAAGUGGUAAUGUUGAGUGGCUUGUUUAUGGUCAGUCCAACAACUGUCAAAAGAGAAAUUCGAUUUUUGCUUCCUGCUAUGGAACUAUUUUAA